AUGAAGGCGCAGCCCCGGGACCGGCGCCUGCCGGCCUUUUGGCUUUUGCACCCGGAGGAGGCGCCUCCUCCGGCGCCGGCGCCGGACGCGGCGCUGGCCCAGAAGAAGAACAAGCGCGAAAAGCAGAGAGAGAAUGCUAGAAUCGCCGCGCAAGCGGCACGCCAGCAGAGCUUGUCUUCGGCCGCCUUGGAAUCCACGCUGCAGGAGUCCUCGAAGGGCGCGUUGUGCGUCGUCAAGUUCAAGGAUUGGCCGGAUGAGUCCCUGUCGCCGCGUGCGGAGCUGUCAGAGAUCCUGGGUGCAACCGGCACGGCGAGGGCUGAGGCCGACGCGCUCCUGGCCUUCUUCGGGUUGGAGUGGCGAGGCUUUUCGGAGGAGAUGUGGAAGAAGAGCUUCGUCGGCAGUUCCCGGACACGGCCGCGGUGGUGCAAAGCGAGCUGCCCCGGCGCAGGGACCUGCGACACCUACACUGCGUGA